AACGCGAAUCACGUGACCGCCCCACGACCGGAGUUUCCCCGACAGCUGAGAAGCUGCGUGUUUUUUUUUUAUUUUCACCUGUAACGUUGGUCUUUUUAACUCCUCAGAGGCCUAGUUUUUCUUAUAGAAUGGGAGACAAGAAGAGUCCCACAAGGCCGAAGCGGCAGUCCAAGCCGUUCGCCGACGAUGGGUACUGGGACUGCAGCGUGUGCACGUUCAGGAACAGCGCCGAAGCGUUCAAGUGCGGCAUGUGUGAUGUCAGGAAGGGGACGUCCACCCGAAAGCCUCGCCCCGUUUCUCAGCUGGUUGCACAGCAAGUGAACCAACAGUUCGCGUCUCCGACGCAUCCCAAAAAGGAGAAGAAAGAAAAAUCAGAGAAGGACAAAAGUGACAAAGACACGACCCUGAAAAAGAAAAGCCAGAAAAGGAUGAGCAGGCCCAGGUUAAAGAACAUAGACAGGAGCAGCGCCCAGCAUCUGGAAGUCACAGUGGGAGACUUGACUGUAAUUAUCACAGACUUUAAAGAGAAAGUUAAACCCACGUCUUCAUCAGCGAGCACCGCCUCAGCAGACCAGCACAGCCAAAGCGGCUCCAGCUCCGAUAACACCGAGCGAGGAGUCUCCAGAUGCUCCUCGCCCCGCGGGGAGACCUCGUCGGUUAACGGAGAGACUCACUAACCCCCGCGCUCCCAUCCAGCACCACACACCGAUCUGCACUCUCAACAGUCUCAGUCAGCAAAUAAACUUCAUCGUGCACAUUUUUCUAAAUGUGAAACUUUAAAAUGCAAAAUUGAUAGCGUUCACUUCCAUUUGGGAGGUUGUAUAUUUCACUGCCUUCCCCCGCGGUUGACCCUAAGUAGUCCAUUCCAAGCUCUCCUGCAGCCAAAACUGUCACGAGCUGAAAGUAGAGCCGUAGCAUUAAAACCUGGACGUCGGUGUAGACCUGCGUCACACUUCCUGGUGCUUCAGCAGCGAUACGUCAGCAUCACAGGCUGGUGUUGGUCGCUGCACAGAAUAAAUAAUAGGUCAUGGAGGAAAUGGGAAGAAAUCGUCUAUUUUUUUUUUUUUUUUUUUUCCCCUCAACAAUAUUUGCACUUGUUGCCAGUCCUGUGUUUGUAACAAUUUAGCAUUAUUCUCGUGUUGCCGUUAUAACACUGUCGGGUCACCUGCCAUUUUCAGCACAUGUUUAAUGCCAUUGAAUGCAAUAACAGGUUGACUGUCUAACAUUUGAGUACAGAUUUAGCGUGAAAGCUUUACCCUCAGCUGGUAGAGUCGAGCAUCAUUUACUCUACAGAAUGGUUUAUAUUGUAAAAUAUUGAAUAAAAUGUAGAUACCUGA